AUGGCCACAGAAUCUUCACGUGGAUGCCACGAUAAAUGGAGAAUGCUCUUCUUGAAGUCAAUAUUAUCGAAAUCAUUUCCUCCACUUCCAACCCCACUCAUUAGUCUCCGUCUGGUUCCACUAUUUCCCAUCUUCUUUGAUUUAAAAGCAGAUUUAUCCGCCUGUAAAAUGAUCUCUUCUUGUUCCUCAUCACCCAUUUGUGACGAUGGUGAUUGGGGGUACGCAUCGGUUGGAAGACCAGGCGAUUCAACAUCAUUAUCUUCGUCGUCGUCAUCUUCGUCGAAAACAUCUUCCUUUCUUCUGUUCAUCUUGGUUUUGAUUUCACUGCCUCCGUUGACAAUAUUAGGAUAUAUCAUGAAGCUAUUGUUGUAUGAUCCAGUCAUAACCGACUUGCUAUCGCCACUGAACUGUACUUCGAACUUGUCAAAGAUGGCAUCGUUCUCAUAUGUAUCGCACAAUCUAUCCCGCAAAUGUUCAUGA